GUAUCUCCUAGGAGCAUCGGGAGCGAGAGGCGCGAUUGAAAUCUCUCCCUUUUCCCCGUGUGUUUCCUUUUGACAGCCCGCUGCUGUCGGCGCUUCGCUGUCUCCUCGCGUGGCUCGUGGCUGGUGCCGUGCCUGGAGCUUGUCCCUCUCCCGGGAGCAGGGCACGGAGUGGGGUGGGCAGCAGCCCCCCGCUCUCGGGGCGCUUUGCUUGGUGUCGCGUUGUGCCGGUGGCUCUGUGCCAUCGCGUGGCACCCCGUAGGCAGCCCAGCCUCACCCUGCCAGGUACCCAGGUCCUUCUGUGGCCCUGGCACCUGCUGCAUGAGCCCGUCCUGCUGGCUUGGAGCUCUGCUUAGAGGAGGAGAGGUGUGGAACAACUGAAGUCUGUGAUGGGAGAUACCUGGGAAGCCCUGCAGCUUCCUAAAAGGGCGCAGGGAGGUGGCAGGUGGGGACGGGCAGCCCCUGUUCCCUCUCCGGGGUGCCAGCGCCAUGCACCGAGCAAGCACUUGGAGGUGAGCUUCCUAAUCGGGGCUGUUUAAAAUCUCCUCGUAGCUUCGUUUUUAUUAGUAGUUGUAGGAUUUUUUUCACCCGAGCUGCGGCAGGCAGUAAAGAGUGACAUUGCCAGCGUGCGAGCUGCGCGCCGAGGCUGCGCGCGGUCCCCCAGGGGCGCUCCCCGAGCAGCGCUGCGAGCCGCGGCCCCCGAGGUGUUGCCGUUCCCUGCCCGCCGUCAAGGCUCUAAGGUUAUGUGCUCUAUCGAUGGCAGUAUGGAUUGAGUGGAAUUAGAAACCUCGAAGGCUAAAAAUACAGCGCCCUGCCAGGAAAUGAGGCAGCCUGCUGGGAGGGCGCUGGGUGGCACUUCAACUUUUCCAGGAACUGGCACGCUGCGUGCGAGCCCGACAGCCCGGCAUCCGUGCACGGCCCUAAGAGAGCGAGGAGAGGAGCGCUGCCCGUGCACGGUGCCGGUGGUUGCAGAGGAGCAGCACGGGCCGGCACGGUGCCCGAGCAGCUGCUCAGACCUCACAAACUCGUGCCGGAGCCUCGUGCGCCCCAGCCGAGCCCGCAGGGUGCAGGGGAGAGGAGAUGCAGGGCGAGCGGUGACUUGGUCCCCAAGUUUGGGAUCUGUGGGGUUGCCCUGCCCAGCGUAGUGUGAAUGAGACCUGCAGCCAGGGCUGUGCUCUGCCUCCCGGAGCGUGAAAUCAGUUGGAGGUGACGCGUGGCCGUGGCAUCUGAUGAAGUGUGUAAUAGACUGGGGGCAGGAGCUGCGCUGCCCUUAGGAGGGAAAAAAAAACCAACACAAACCCUCUAUGCUGCGGUGUCCCUGGGGGGCUGCUGGGGGCUGCUGCAGCCUCGCUGUGCUCGUGCCUUGCUUUGCCUGGAGCUCCCUGCGUGAUGUGCCCGGGGACAGGAGCUGCCUGCUGCAUGGCUGUGGGAUGCUGCUCGUCCCCAGCAGCACGCGGCCGCGUGGGGAGAGGAUGCUCCCAGCACCGCCCGUCUGGCUAAUGCCGCACCAUCUGCUCUGGAGGGUGAGGCAAGGUGAAUGGCAAGCUUUCGAGGAGCCCAUAAAUCCUGCGUGCGAGGGCUUUUCUUGGAGGUGACUUGGGAUGUGCGUGGAGCGAUGCUGCUCCUGGCUGCGCUCCCCGAGCGGCGCUGGCACAGUGCGGUGGCUGCAGGGAAAGGAGAGCACCCUUGCUGGGCAGCGUCCCGGGGCUGGAAAUCCUCACUCCCGCUGGGGAGCAGCGCUGGUGGGGCUCAGCAGUCCCCCCACAGGCUCAGCCCCCUUUGGUGGAGGGCAGCAGGAGCAGCACCAAAUGCCCGGGGUCCUGCGCAGGGUGCAGGACGCACGGUUGGUGUGGUGGCACAGCCACGUUGUCUGCCAGGCCUGGCUGCUGGGGGCAUUCCCCUGGGGAAAUUCCCUCUUGGAGAGAGUGGAAGCAGCUCUGCAGCCCUGCGAGUGAGGCGAGUGGUGGAGAAAGCUCUUUUCCCUAUUUUUUAGCUAUAAAAUGCCCCCCUGCCCCAUGGCUGUGCCUCCGAAACGGCAUCAGCCGUGUGGCCUCGCAGCUGGGUGCUGCUCCCCGUGGGCAGGCAGACGUGGCUGGAAGGUGUUUGCUGAGGAAUUGUGUGUUAGACAGCCUUGCGUGUGCCAAAAUGCUGAUGGCCGGGGGCUCCCGGUGCCCCCUCCCCACCGGCACACGGCUAGGCUGGGCUGCCGCUCGGUGAGAAAAUGUAUAACGCCUCGGGGCUGAAAAAUGACCGACCCAGAGCUUGGACGGUUUAUAGGAUGCGUUGCUUCUUUCUCAGUCGAUAAAGAUAAAGGGGACCAUUCUGCCAGCAAAAUUAGUGUAUCAAAGAAGGGAAAAAAAAUGACAGGCACUGCAUAUGUUUCUGCAGCGAGAAAAACGGUGGCGGCAGCAGCGCCCCGGUGCCCCCGCCUGCCCCGCACCGAGUUCCCAUGGGGCAGGCGGGGGCACGGAGCACGGCUCCCGGGGAGCACCGGGGCUGAGCCUUGAGGUGUGGGGUGAGACCCCGCUCAGUGGGGCCGUGCUGGGCUGGGAGGUGUGAACAGGGGGCAGCCGGGUCUUUGCCGGUGGUUUCCCCGCUGAAGCUGCCGUGCCGCCUGCUGCCUCCGUCUCCCCGUGCCGGGGCUUGCUGGCGGUUUCGUGAGAGCCGGGAGAGACCCAUCCAUCACGCCAGGGCUCUGCGGGGAGCGCUGCCUCCAUCCGUCUGUCUGUCUGUCUGUCUGUCGUCCAUCCGGCAGGCACGGGCUUCCCGGCCGGCUGCAGGGCACGGUGCGCUCCGGCUGCCCGGCACCGCCGGCUCUCCGAGCGGGGCCACGGGCACUGAGCGUGCCACCGCCGGCCGGGGCCGCCCGUCCCGGAGGCUCGGCGUGGUUCACGGGGAAGGGAGAGGAGCCUAAUGUACCGGAGGUGCCGCGGAAAUGAGAGCCUUGGACGGAUUCCUGGCCCUAUUGAUCCGCCGGCAGUUUAUGCAUCCUGACAUUCAUAAUCUCGGCGGCGGUGGCACCAUGCAGCCGGAGGCGGAGGGCGGCCGGGCGCGCCGCAGGAAGCCCGACAUGGCUCUCUACGUGCCCAAAGCGCGGCGGGAGAGGGCGGCGCAGGAGGCGGCUGCGAAACACUGGGAGCCCGAGAAGCAGCGCCCGGCGCUGGACGUCGGCCGGGGCGGCUCCGAGGGGCAGAGGCGAAGCCCCGGGGCCAGGACGCACGUGGGCAGAGCAGCUGGCAGAGAGAGCAAGGCGGGCGCUCGCCCCAAGGAGCCCCGGGCAGCCUCCGCCGGGGAUGGAAGGGUACCAGGCACGCACAGCCGGGGCUCCAAGGCUGGCACGGAGCCGGGAGGCAGCCCGGAGGGCCCGGAGGCAUUGCCCAGUGUGCAGGAGCCAAGCGUGGAUCUGAGCGCUGCCCAGCCCUCGGGCAGGCAGGACAAUUCAUCUCAGGACGUGGGGCUCAGGGACCGAAGCUGUGGGGUGAUGAGGACGGUGCCGGACCCGCUGACUCCACAAGGUGCCCAGCCUGGGGCUGCGGGGGUGACCUCAGAGCCUGGGGGUGACCCCGAUAGCCCAACAGCAGCUCCGCCGAGUGAGGUGUGUCGGACAGAGCCAGGCGGGUCGGAGCAUCGGGGGGACAGCACCCCGGAGCUGGGCACGGACUUCUCCGGGUGCUCGGCACAGGGUGCCCUGCAGCAGGCAGGGGAGGGCAGCCCGGGCAGUGCGCCCCAGCUCAGCUGUGAGGGUGAAGGUCUGGAAGCCCAGAAGGAGGAGAAAAAGGAGCAAGGGGUGUCUCUCCUCACAGGGCAGAGCGAGGGUUGUGACCCCAGGGAGGAGGAGAGGCAGGGAGGCAGCGCCGUGGCUGCCCCAGGAGGAGCUGCCUGCGAGGCUGGGUGCUCGAGGGGCAGCGUGGGUGCUGAGUUGGUGCCACCAGGGCAGGGCGCAGGCAGCACAGCCCAGCUCCUGCUGGAGCACAUGGGGCAGCUGCCGCCCGGCAAGGAGCAGAGCGCUGCUGGUGCUGGGGAUGCCGCUGGGGAGGGCGUCCCUGCGCCCCAUGGCAGCACCGGGGCUGGGAGCAGCGCGCCGGGGGCAGAGAGUGGGGCCGGGGAAGGGGCUCCCCCGGGAAGCCACGAAGCCCCGCCGUCCCUGGAGCUGCUGUGCCGCGGUGUGGAGCAGCUCUCGGCCGGGACCUGGGCUGAGGAGCAGGCACAGGGGGAUGAGGAUGAAGACUCGCUGCAGCAGCACCGGGAGGAAGAGGAGGAAGAGGAGGGAGGUCCCCGUAGCGGCUCCCCAAAGCCAGGGCAGGCCAGCACCGGGACCCAGAGCCACGACAGCCCGGGCGGCGAGGAGAGCUGGGACGCGCUCUUCAACGAUGACGGGGACUGCCUGGACCCACGCCUGCUGGAAGAGCUCUCGGGGGGCCAGAAGCGCCGGCAGAGCCUGCAGGAGCCCCGCUUCGACUACUACGGGGCCGAGCCGGCCGCGCCGGACCUCAGCGAUGACGAGCUGCCCCAUGUCAUCGAGAUCUAUGACUUCCCCCCGGAUUUCCGCACCGAGGACCUGCUGCGUGUCUUCUGCAGCUACCAGAAGAAGGGCUUUGACAUCAAGUGGGUGGAUGAUACGCACGCCCUGGGCAUCUUCUCCAGCCCCAUAACAGCACGCGAUGCCCUCAGCACCAAGCACCUGAUGGUGAAGACUCGCCCGCUGUCCCAGGGCACCCGGGCGGCCAAAGCCAAGGCCAGGGCGUACGCCGACUACCUGCAGCCGGCCAAGGAGCGCCCCGAAACGUCGGCCGCCCUGGCACGGCGCCUGGUGAUCGGCGCCCUGGGGGUGCGCAGCCCCCAGACCCCUGCCCAGCGGGACGCCGAGCGCAGGAAGCUGCAGGAGGCUCGGGAGAGGAAGCGGCUGGAGAACAAGCAGCGGGAGGAUGCGUGGGAAGGCCGGGACUGAGCUGCCUUUGCUUUCAGCCCUGCUGGAGGUGCCACCAGGGGCCUGAGCCCCUCUCUGCGGGCAUGGCAGGGCACAUGGGGAUGGAGCUGUGCCUGCCGCUGCCCCAUGGGAUCUGUGCAGGAUGGUGCUGGGGCACGGCCACGGGGUGCUCGAGGGCUCUUUGGGGCCGUGCAAGCGCUGUCCCCACUGGGUGCCACCAGCUGGUGCUGCCUGUCCUGCCGGCACAGGGUCCCCUGGUGCUGUGGUGGCAGCCAGGGGAUGCGGGGAGCUCGGCGGGGACAGCGCCGGCCAUGCAUUGCGGGUCAGCCAUGGCCACGCCGGGCCUUGUGAACGAGAGUGUCUUUUAUUUUGCUAAUAAAUACCAUUUAUUUUGCCUC